UCGAGGGACCGAGGCACCGCAACACGGGGGUGGCGCGAAAUUCCUUAUCGAAUCUCGACGAUUCGUUUAUCCGUCGCUGAAACGAACGCUCCAAGAUCGAUCGGUUCGAAACGAUCGGGGACGCGAUCUCACCGAUGAGAGUCCUCGAUUCGAGAAGCUUCUAUCGAGCAUACACCUUCGAGAUCCAACGAAUCCUAGAAGAUCCUUUAUUUUCGAUAUAAUUAAACUAUAAUAUACGAGCAUCGUACAGUGUACAUAGAAGAAAAUAAUUACGGAGAAAAGUGUGUCAAGGAGGUGAACACGAGGAGACAGUAGCUGCGAGUCGAUCAGACAUAAUGUUCCUUUGCAACGAUCAACAGGAUGAUCCCGAUUUUUGAACUAACUGACCCGGUGCCGUUUGCAAGCAGCUCGAUCGCGGCAAAGGCCGUUCGGCGUCGUCUAGGAUAAUCGGGAGUAAGAUCGAAGGAUGAUGAAGAGGAUGGUAUCGCGUUGGACGAAAAGCAGACAGCCGAGAAUCUGUCCGAUGGAAGUCCCGAUCGCUUGCUGCCGGUGGUACAACACCUCGUGAACAGCGUGUCAAAAAGGUCGUUUCGUAACCGAAUGACGUUUCUUCGUUAAAACAUUCAUCAGAGAGAAAAAGAAAGGAAUCAUCAAUAGGGAAGAAAGAGAUCCGUGGCGAAUUUCGCUCUGGUAUAGAGACGAAGAAGAAGAAGAAGAGUGCGGGGUGAGAGAGAGAGAGGUGUGUGCUUGUUCGGGGUGACCGAGGUGUCGACCUCACCCCCGAUCAAACCAGCAAGCAGGUCGGAUGAUGUGGGCGUCUCUGUUUUUGGCCGGGAUCUUAAGCGGCUGGUGGGGCGCACUGGCGCUCGCUGCGGCACCCCCCGCCAAUCGGAACUCCCUCGAGGAAACGUCGAGCAGGACCACCAGCGAUCAUCCGCCAUCGAUGAGCAUCGCCAGCGUUGAGAAAGCCCUCGAUUACCGAGCCCUUGCCCUUGAUUCGCCAACUUGGAAUUCGUUGGUCGCAAGAACGAGAGAACCGAUCGUUCGAUCUUCGGAAGAGAAGAAGGAGAGAAGGUUGUCCGAGUCGAGUUCCUCGUGGACGUACGAUAGAUACGCGUCCAUCGCUGGUAACUCGGACUCGGUUGCGAAAACUCGAUAUCCGCCAGAGGAUGCGUCAAAAGAGAAGGCGGAACAAUUGGACGAGUGGAUACGCGAGGCUUUCGUUUCAUCGUCGAAACAGGCGAAUCGUCGUCACGAGGACGACGACGCGCCGAUGCCGCGUGCAAAGAUGCACGAGUCCGAUCUGACACGGCCGCCUCGUCACUCGUCCACGCAAAUGCCGUUUCUCUAUUCUCAGGGGACCGAGUCGUCCGUGGAAAGGCCACGGCCCAUCCGAUCCACCAAGCAACGACCAAAGAACCGGGCGAAAUCGGACUCGCCCCGGGAGCAACGACGUAGAUGCCGUAACAAGGGUUGUCGCGGGCAAAACUGGUGCCCGGACGUGGACGUGGGGAACAGGGCGUACCUGGCGCCAACGGUGUUCGAGGGAAAGGCUAGGAGCAUGUCGUCCGUGAGGAAACCGGGCUCGAACUACGCGGUGACGUUCGAGGUGAAGCAAGUAUACAAGAGUCAGCCCGGUUUCCAGCCGUUGCAGAAGAACGACAGCGUAAGGCUGCACUUUCGAGACAAAUCGGCGCCCGGCAAGUCGACCGUAUGCGGCUACGAUACCGACGGCAAGCAGCAGCAGCAGCAGCAGCAGCAGCAGCAACGCGAUAAUCAGAGUGGUGUGGUGCGAGCCAAUAUUAAAAGGGGUAAAGUGUAUCUAGUGUUUGUGAAUCGCGUGGGACCCAGAAACUUCACGAUCCUCGGUGAGCCGGUGAUUCGAAGCAAGAAGAACGAACAGGCGGUACAGGCUGUCGUUCGACCGGAUUACGUGAGGGAGGUUACGUUGUCCGAACUCAGGGACUCGAUAGCGAGGUUAAGGGAGAGAGUGAAGCUAGUAUGCCGAACGAGGGGUUCUCCGCCCCCGAGGGUGCACUGGCUGAAAGACGGCAUACCGUUGCACCCCCGCAGAGGUCUCAGGAUUCAGCACAAACGACGGAGGUCGAAAGUGGUGAUAUCGUCCGCGAAGCCUGAGGACAGCGGAAGAUACGAAUGCGUGGCUGAGAGUACUUCCGGACAUCGGGCCUCGCUCGCGGCCCAGCUUCUAGUCGCUCACGAUACCAGAAUUCCGGAAAUGACGACCCCACCGUGGGUGAGGCAGGAACAACCGUGCCCGAUGACUGGUGACUUUUGCAUGAACGGGGGUACCUGCCUGUUUUUCGAGACCGUCGGUGAACCAGCAUGCAGAUGCGCGGAAGGUUUCACGGGUCUACGGUGCGAGACGAAGGAUGUCAUCAGCACCGGAAGUGUGUACAACAGGCGUAGGGCGCCAUUUUCCUGCAAGCUGGGACUCUCGACCUCGUACUACUGCUAGCGAUAAUCGCGCGGGGCCCUUUCUAACACCGAACACACCGUAUUUCGAUCGUUGAACACGGUGGAUUCGGUUGAAUUACGAUCAAACGAACAGAGCCUCUCGAACUCGCGAGAAACAAUGUCGCGAAGAGGGCCAACGCGCGACCGCAUAAUACGUAUCAGGAGGCGUGAAAUAGAUUAACUGCUAACGAUGUAACGCAGUUUUGUAAGCGAGUAACGAGGAGAAACUUUAACCAGGGGAUAAUUAAACAAACGGGAGCGAAUCUCGCGAGCGAACUGUAAUAUUCGAGGAACCAUUGUUGUCGGGCAUUAGUCCUCCGUAUUUCGUAGGGACAGGUUCCAAAUGAAUUUUUUGGUACCGGGCAUUCGUACCUUCUUCUUUCUUCUUCUAUUUCUUCCUGACGAGUUUACUUAGACUUGUUCUUCUAUCUUCUUCAUUUAAUUCCUCCUAUUCUUCGAUCGUCUAUCGUUGCUUCUCUUUUAAACGUUACGACAACGUGCCUCGCGUUUCUUUCUCGAGCCUUUUCGUUAGCUAAUAUUGUUUAAGGCUUCCCGAGUGUAAAUCAUCGGUAGAAAAAUAUUUCUAUAGUUUCGAUAGCGUUUCAAUUAACUUCAUCGAAGAUUCUGAGACGCACUGAUAUCACAGUAUCGUAUCCCAUUAUCAUCGUAUCAUUAUCCCGUCAUACUUUCACAGUAUCAAACUAUCGUAUCAUCGCAAGUAUUACGAUACUUUGAACGAUAUCGGCGCAUCUUUCGAUCUCCGCAGAAACCAACGUCAGGAAUACUUUCCUACUGGGCACGUUUUACAGCCGGAAGUCCGAAACAGUAUUAACCGUCUCUGUGAAAAAAAACUUUAUUCCCGAGACAACGAACGAGAAGAUACGCUUCGGUAUAGGUUCUUGCGCACGUAUCUUGGCAAGGGAAACAAAAAAGAGGAGAAUGAUGAUAGUGGUGAAGUGUGUGUAAGGUGAAGAGUUAUGGGCGGAUUCUUUGCCACUCCCGAACCCCUUCGAUUUCAUAUCGGGAGGGUAGAAAAGAGCGUUCGAGUGACGCUCGUGAUUCAAAAGUGGUGCUUGACCUCGAACGAUCGCGAACCACCUAUAUAUAGAGAGAAAAAUAGAUCGAGAGAAAAAAAAAAAUAAGAAAGAAGCAGGCAGAAGAGUGUUCGAAGGUCGCACUUUUCAGAGUCUCCGUAGGAGAACAAUACCAAAGAGCCUAGGGUCUCGACGAGAAACGUCCUGAAAAUCGUCUGUUUAACAACUGUAACUUCCUUUCCAUCAGAAUAAAUAGCAUCGUCGUUCUUGUCAAGGGGUUUCAGAAAUCUUUCGUCGAUCGUUGGCGGAAAAUAUGAAGCGUAAAGUCGGGGGAGAAAUGGUGGAAAAAGAUUGGCGCGUCUCAGGAUCGGGGAACGAGAUGUUCGCGGAGGAACGAUGGGAUGUACGAUUUCCACGUGCCGGUUGAGAAAUUCACUCGGUAUAUUUACGCAUCGGAGACAAUUCGAGAACGGUUCGGUCGGAUCGAUUAUGCGGCACGGCACGAAUAAAUAUCGUAAUUCACUCGUCGCUCGGCGAAAUUAUCGUUCGUUUUCUUCUUCGCUUUCCCGGGAUUUUCCAGCGACGAUCGAUAAAAGGGGAACGGUAACCUCUUUACGAAUGUAAAAAUAACACAGUGAGGGAAACGAGAAAAUUGGCUGCUCGAAGUGCCGGACGAUGCAAGAAAAAAAGAGAGAUAGCAGAGGGGUAGAACAGGAGAAAAGAGGAGAGACCGCUAGGCAAACACGAUUUUAUGUAAAAUAUGAUAAUGUAAUACGCGUUAGACUAGCUAAAGCAGAGACUUAAGAUAGUUAAAGAAGAGAGAAAGAAAGAAAGAUUGAGAGUAAGAGAGAGAGAGAGAGAGAAUGAACGAGUGAAAGAAAUGAAAGAGCGAACAAAAAAUAUCGAGACGAUUAGAAAAAUGGUCGAGAAUUUUCCGAACGAGACGAUUGGACAAAAAAAAAUUCCCAAAAUACAGAAAAAUUUGUUCGAUGAUUUUUUUUUUUUUAAUGGUUCCCUCGCGUUUAUGUUGUUUCUUUUUCGUUCUGUCACCCACCGAAUAAAAGUGGAACGACGAUAUUUCGGGCAGAAUCGAUCUCUUCCGGAAUUCUCGACGUUACUGCUUCGCGAAAAGAGGGAAGUAAAAAACGAAGAAAAGAUGGGUAAAACGGAAGGGAUGGGGCGUGUAGGAUGCGCGCUGUGCUCCACCAGUCUCGGGACCCUAUUUAUGUUUUAUAUUAUAUUAUAUAUAUAUUAUAUAUAUAAAUAUGUGUAUAAACAUUUUUAAUUUAUUUAUUUAAUUCAUUAAUUUUAUUGAUUUACGAUUAAACGUCAUCUCCAUCUCGGCAACCGUCUUUGUUUUUUAAUCUUGCGUUCACCUUUCUUUCGCAUUUCUCUUUCUUUUCUUUCUUCUAUAUAUUUUAUUUUCGUUCCGCUUAUUUUUAUUUCGCGUUGGACGGAGGACAGUCACGGGUAGAUUUGCCAAAAUAUUCGAAUUCGAAUUAAUCCGUGUGACCAGGUAGGUAUACGAAUACAUCCUAACGCAAACUGUACUUGGAAAGUAUAUGUACGAAUUCGCAAACAAGCAAAAGCCAAAUGCACGAGGAUCGCAUCGAUUAACACUCUAGGAUCACAAAGUUUCCGACAAUGGAAAGCUGGUGAAGCUCGUAGCGAGACAAUGGGAAGGUAAAUGCACGCGAAACGGCCGAUUCGAGACAAAAGAUUCUUCUCCGGGAAAGUUCAUAGACAGAUUCGGCUCUGUAUCGCGUGAAACGAAGAAACGGAAUCGUGUCGCGACAAAAGAGGAGCCUCAAAGAAAGCCAAUUGAAAUUUUCAUAGCUGGCGAAAGAGUUUCGCGUCUCUUAUUGCAUACCACCGAGUCGUUUCCAGACGAGUCGCUUUUCUUUCCUCCUGUGAAAACACUUCCACGUCUGUUUUCCUUGGAAAAGAAAAGACAAGGAACGCGAAACAACGUUGCGUUCUUGUUUCAGGUAUUUUGUCAAAGAGGCGCGAUAGAAUCGGACAGGGGAAGAAAAAAAAGAGAGGAGAAACGAAAAAAUUCGUUGAAGGGUGUCUUCGUCGAGUUAGAAAGGAGAUAUUUCGCGAGUGGAUCUCUCGUAAAAGGAAGAAACCCGUAAAACCCCAAGUAUAUGGGAUCAUCGAUCCUCGUAACUGGUUCUCUUAAUCAAACUUCGCGUCUGAAACACGACUUUUCUUCGAGAUUGGAAGGUCACUGCUCGCAACUACUUAUCGAUGGAAAUUUAUCAAAAACGGAAAAUCUUGAGACUCGGCGUUUGCGACAGAAAUGAAAGACACGAUUCUUGGUGACAGGUAUUUCGCUAUGAAAAUUGACCGAAUCGACGUAACGCGAUUAUUCUCGAAGCAGGGGGAAAGCUUCUUUUAAGCGGGUUCGCAUUAAAUUUAAACCGACCGCGUCUGCCGCGAGCGCUCGAUUAUAUUUCACGAAGGGUAACCCAGUAAAUCGUUUCUAUUUUCGAGCCGCUGCCAGACCGGCGUUGUACAUUAAUUUAUCGUUCGUUGGCCUGGCCAACUUAUCCAUGAAUUAUCGUACUUUUAAACGGAUUUUCGCCGGAGUAACAGGUUGGCUGACGUUCGUGUCAAACACGUGGGAAUAUUUCGGUCGCCCCUUAUGUCAGCCUCGUCCUUAGACAAGAUUACAUAAUUUACUGUUUUUUUUGAGGUCUAACUAUAAUUUGAAAACUAGUAAUUUUACAGUAAAUUGCUUGCGGUUGGCUUUUAUAUUCCCUCGUUCGCAAGUUUUAUCGUCCGCCGUGUUUCUGGCGAAUUUUAUUUUCCACCGCGACAUUCAUCGUCAUCGUCGAUUUUUCUGAGAAACACCUUCGCGUUCGAACUUGUAUCGGACCUGUCUUAUGCACAUAACCGAAAGAGAAAUGGUUCUUUACGCGACCGUCAGUCUCCCGCGUCCGGAUGGAAAUCAAAAGAAAAUUGAAAUUAUUUCGUCCGCCAACAGAGAUGGAAAAAAUAGUUCGAUUGGAUCAAGUGGAAACUUUUAGAAACUUUGUGGUUGAUGAAUCAGCCAGCGCAAUGAUUAAUCGCGAGGCUAAUUAUCGAGAAAGGAUCCAUCACGCGGUAGGAAAAUAAUGAACAGGUAAACCGGGGAGAAAACAAAACGAGCGGUUCAUGGAAAAUUGCGAAGAACGCUCAUUAAUUAUCCCUCGGUGAUUGUUCUUUCAGCGCUAAGAGACACGCAUCGUAAAUGACCAACGAAAAAUAAAUCAGACUCGUCGGUUUCUAUUCGCUUAGAAAACAGAUAUUCCGAGCACUAUCUAUUAGAAGACGCGAACGGUGUCGAUGAAUUAUCGAGUUAUUAUUGUCAGCCACAAACUGUCGCUCGUGAUGCAAAUCACCUCGUUUGCGGAUCUCCUAAGAUCCCAAUUAGACGCGCACAAAGGCCGAGAGCACGUUUCACGCGUCAAAGCGUGAUCGCGUGUACAGGACGUGAAGGCUGGAAAUCACGUAGCCGGUUUCCAGCUUCGUCCAUGUUGGACGUUCCUUUGGGAAGGAGGACAGGACAUUGACGUUUGAAUUUUCCCAAUAAAAUUAUUCCAUCACCGACGCGUACACGAGCGACUAAUACAAUUUUCAAACAGAUUUUAGUUUUAUAUAGACCGUAGAAAUCUGAUGAGAAGCAACGAAUCGAGGAUACAAAUAACAAUGCUUCCGAUACGCGAUCUAAGGGUUGUCAGGAUAACCAGAAACGAUUUGUAGAAAUCAUGGUUUAAAAUCGAGCAGGGUUCGAUAGAAAAAGAGAGAGCUGUUCAGUGGUACAACAGAAAGAUUUUCAGGAAGCUGGUCUCACUCGAGGAAACGAAGUUCAGUUUUAUUGGGAAAAACAGUAAGGGUGGAUAGGAUAUUCUUCUGACAAUAGCGACGAAACGGUAGCUCCCCUUUAAAUUGGAUUCCAAAUAUUCCCGAGAUAUCUUUACCUUAUCUGGCCGUUAUAAUACGCGGCCACGCGAGAAGCCCGAAAUCGCGUCGUUAUUUUCAAUCGCUUAAGCGAACGCCUGAAAUCGUAUCGUAUCUUUUCUUUUAUUCUCGUAUUCACGAGGCGGACUCGAGGUACGAGACAACAGAAUGGAGCUUCCAGUCAUUUUUAACGCGACGAUUAUAGAAACGAACAAUGAAGUAAUAUUGUUUGAUAUCUUUAAAGCGGAAGAUCGUGAUAUCUGAUGAAGAUAGGGUUAAACGAAACUCCCCGGUUAUUCCCGGUGGUCACGAACGAAAUAAUUCGACAGAUUCGCGUCGCGUUUGCAGGCGCAUUAGCCCAGGCGGUAUGCAAACUGAAAUCACGACCGGUAACGACUAGGUGGCCUGCAUAAAUACGCGACCGAGCCAUGGACUAAUCAAUUGCGCCGAAUCACAGAGAAUUUUCAAUGCACCGACCCAUCCUACCGGCUCGUUUCGCUCGUGUAUCCGCGAACAGACAGAGAAAAGGGCCGAGGACAGAGGGUUGGCUGGAACUGUUGCAAACGGGUGGUGGCAUUGUCGCGGUAAAUCGGUAAAAGGGAAUUGAUUGCUCUUCUCGUUGCGUCUGUCGUUCGUCACCCUUCCCCAGACGAUGCCUGCCCGGUAAUCGAAAUUUAACCGUGUUCGAUGAUGGACGAAUAGACGAUCGAGUCCUUCCUCCUCCUCAGGGUAUCGCUGGUUUCUUUUCAAUUUUCGAAAGGAUAAUAUUCACGAACAGAAGGUCCGUACCGGAGGCUCCCUCUUCUCUACAGCAUAUCAAACUAUGUCGCGGUCGGUUUAUCCCCUGGAAAUUUCGUCGAGUGAAAACAAAGCUUCCCUCCUAUUUAGGUAUGAUUUAAUUAACGGCAAGCCGACGGCGCACAAUAGCGGAUGCGCGUGCAUAGGCGUGUUUCCCAGUCAUCGUUCAUCGCCCGUAGGAUUAAUUUCUCGGCCGACAAUCGGCCAACCCUUCUCGGGAGAGCCCAUAUCCCAGGGCUGCCGUGGCUUCGCCCUGAUGCCAGAGCGAGAAAGUCAGCAACUGUGCGGGGAAAGCGAUCGGUCACCCCGAGGCGUCUCUUCGUUAACGCCUUAAUUAGAGGCGAAUUCGCGAACGAUCGUAAACGAGACCUCGAAUGCGCAUCCCGAUGCGUACUCCCUCUCAUUAGUCUCGUUGUAUUAACCCGGCGACACGUUCCUAUUGCCUGUCACGCUUGUGCCAACGUUUCCAUUGUGCACCCUUGUCUACUCGUGUUCACUGUCAAAUUAGGUCCGAGUUUGAUUCUGCAAACGCAACGAUUCCGAAUCCGAAUCGUCAACUAAUCAAUCGCCUCGACGUCUUAAGGCGAUUCAAAAAUUUAUCCCCUACAGCGUUCAACCCUUUUCCAAAAUACGAGAUGCAACGUUUUAAAAAAGAAAACAAAAAAAGCACAAUUUCCAGACCGACUGCCCGCUGUUGUUUGCUCGACGGAACAAUAUUUAACCGGUUCCCUGUGGAUCUUUUGAAAGCCGAAUUAAAAAUCAACCGUUGGUCGCUUCGAAAUCAUCGAUCGGUCAUCCUCGAUGAAUUAUUAUCGACGAGGAAACAGAACGCGUCCGUUCCAUUUUGUAACAGGUUGCGUCCACCAGCCCGAAAACUUUCCAUCGAUUCGCGAAUUUUUCAAAUCGCGACUUUUGCCGCUGGCCUCUGUACAAACGCGUCGAGUUCGUUGCUUGCUGAAGUCGGCUUUUUUUUCCAACGGUUGUAGAGAAUUUUUACAACCGCGUGGACUCGCGUUGAUGUUCGCAAAGAACGCCAGACUCGUUGAAAAAUCCGAUACCAUUGCGAACUGCGUGAAAUUUUCGAGGUGUAUUCUCUGUUUUCAACAGUUUCUCUGAAGCUUUUCCUUUUUUAUUUUUUUUUUU